CCACAUUACCCCGAAGGCAAAGCGCGGCGCGUAAGGGUCCCUGAACCAAUGACGGCUCAGGAGAGAGCCACUUCCGUUCUAGGGGGCGGUGUCUGGGCGGGCCUUCCGGCGUCGACCGCGGGCGACAUUUUUAAACUCGGACCUGUUCGCUGGUGCGCGCUUCGGUACCUUGGGUCGGCACCAGGUAAAGGGAGCCAGGAGGGCGCUGUGUCCGCUGCUCUGAGGAAAGGCUGAGGCUCCGCGUGGACGCCAUCCGGCCUGACUCUGUCUCGGGGCCGGGAGGGGCCUCCGUGCCCGGGCCCCACCAUUGCCCACAGACUCCGCUGGGACGGCCACGCCGAUGGGUGCGAUUCAGGCCACACUGUGCAGCUAGCAGUAUCUUAGUUCCCAGACCAGGGAUGGAAAUCGAACCCAUGGCAGUGAAAGCACCAAGUUUUAACCUCUGAACCACCAGGGAAUUCUGAGAUUCAUUUUCAGUGUGAAGUCAACAAAUGGUGGUUCCCAUCUCUACUGCAGGAGAAAAAAGCAGGUUCCACAUUCAGCAGAACCACUUAUGGACCCUGCACUGGGCCCUGUGACCUUUGAGGACGUGGCUGUGUACUUUUCCCAGGAGGAGUGGAAGCUUCUUGAUGAGGCCCAGAGAUUCCUGUACCACGAUGUGAUGCUGGAGACCUUUGCACUUGUUGCAUCAUUGGGACUUUCAUCUUCUAGGUCUCAUGUUGUCCAGCUGGAGCUGAGAGGAGAACCCUGGGUACAUGACAGAGUGGACAUGACUCCAGACAGAGCAAGAGGGGCUCAAAUUGGGCCUGGCCCUGGGUGUUGGUAUAUGGCAGAGAACAAGCAGACACCCUCUGAGCAGAAUGUUUCUGUAGAAGUGCCACAAAUAAAUACUUCAGAGGCAGACCUGUCCACCCUGAAGUCCUAUCCCUGGGAGAGGUACUGCCUGUACUUAGAAGGUGGUUUGCAUCUAGCUGAGGACCUUGGCACAAACCCUGGCCAGAAACUCUGUGGGGCAGGUGUGCAGUUUCACCAGCACAGUGGAGAGGAACUCUUUAGAAGAGACGUGGGUAAGACCUUUAUGAAGAGCCGCACCAUCCAUGCAUCAAAGAAGUCUUUCACAUUCCAGGAGCCUUGGAAGGAUUUCCCUUGUAGCUCUGGCCUUCUCCAGCACCAGGUCACUCCACAAAAGGACACCGAGUUUGUAGAGGCGUUUCACAAUGGAGAAAAGCGUUACAAGUGCAGUGAAUGUGGGAAAGCCUUCUGCCGUAAAUACAGGCUUGCUCAGCACCAGAGAGUCCACACUGGAGAAAGGCCUUAUGAAUGCAGUGAAUGUGGGAAAGUCUUUAGAUGCAACUCCAACCUUGUUAUACAUAGGAGAAUUCACACUGGGGAAAGGCCUUAUGAGUGUAGAGAAUGUGGGAAGUUCUUUAGGCAAAACGCCCAACUUAUUGUGCACCAGAGAAUUCACACUGGAGCCAAGCCUUACGAGUGCAGUGAAUGUGGGAAAACCUUCAUUACUAAAAGCAAACUUGUUCAGCACCAGAGAGUCCACACUGGAGAGAGACCUUAUGAAUGUGGAGAAUGCAGAAAAGCCUUCACCUAUAAACGCAUGCUUGUUCAGCAUCAGAGAGUCCACACUGGAGAGAGGCCUUAUGAGUGCAGUGAAUGUGGGAAAGUCUUUAGGUACAUUGCCAGCCUCAUUAAACAUAGAAGAAUUCACACUGGGGAAAGGCCUUAUGAGUGUAGUGAAUGUGGGAAGUCCUUUAGGCAAAGGGCCCACCUUCAGGUCCACCAGAGAAUUCACACUGGAGCAAAGACUUACAAGUGCAGUGAAUGUGGGAAAUGUUUUAGCCAAAACUCUAUUCUCACUACGCACCAGAGAGUUCACACUGGCGAAAGGCCUUAUAAGUGCAGUGAAUGUGGAAAGUGUUUUAGUCAAAGCUCUACUCUUAUUAAGCACAGAGUUCACAUUGGAGGAAAACCAUAUGAGGAGAACUCUGAAUGAGGAGAAUUAUUUAACCAAAGCAUCCAGCUUACUCAACACCGAAAAGCUCACACCACAGAAAGGCCUCAUCAGUGCAGCAAAUGUGGAAAGGUUUUCUGUCAAAGGUCUGCUCUGAGCACUAGAAACUUCACAGCUCAGAUAGACCCUAUGAGUACAGCAAAUGUAGGAAAGCUUUCAGCCAAAGGUCUUACCUUAUUUGAUACCAGAAAGUUCAUACUGGAGAAGGACCUUCAAAUGAGAUGAGGAGAGCAGCGAAUGAGCUGUCUCAUUAGUUAAUACAUCAUACUGAAUAGACUCUUUGAGGAAGUCAUCAACUGGAAGUUGAAUGCCAUACAUCUGAACAGCCCUCGUGUGCAGAUUGCCUAUGAGUACCGGGUUCAUAGGAAGCUUUUCAGGAGCUACGCUCUACUUUCUAACCUGUGCAAGGCCCUUGUUGGACUCAAUAUCACUAAGUUUUUUACCUCUCCCAUGUGGCAGAUCCCAGUACUGGGGCAUCAGUCAUCGCACUGUGAUCAGGGUUUUGGAAACAUCUGAAAUAUUAUGGCUGUCUCUCUGUGAUCAGCGAAGACUACAUUCCAUGGAAAUCUGGGUUCGUCUCCUUUAAGAAGCGUGAAACCCCGCCCCCGUCCUCAGAGCCUCCAGGACACUCCUUCCCAGGAGCCCCGGCAGUGAGGCGGGGCUUUUCCUGUAGGCGGGGAGCACCGCCCCUUGCCAGGUUCUAGAGGCCUGUGAACUGCAUUACCUGAAAAAAAACUACGCCAGUUCGUGGGCGCCCCUGAGCCAAUGAAGGCUCAGGAAAGAGUCACUUCCGUUCUAGAGGACGGAGUCUGGGCGGCUUUUCCGGCGUCGACUGGAGUCGUUAUUUUGUAAACUCGGCUGUGUUCACAGGCGGGGAACUUCGCAACGCUGUGAAGGCCAGAGGUCAGGGAGCCAGGAAGGCGCCGUGCCCGCUUCUCUGAGCUUCGUCUGAGGCUCGGCAUGGGCGCCAUCCGGCCUGACUCUGUCUUGGGCGGUUGGUGCCGCAGUGCCCGGGCCCCACCUUCGCCCACAAACUCCGCUGGCGCCGGCGCAGAUGUGUCGGAUUCAGGGCCCUGUGACCUUUGGGGACGUGGCUGUGUACUUUUCCCAGGAGGAAUGGAAGCUUCUUAAUGAGGUGCAGAGAUUCCUGUCCUCUGAUGUGAUCCUGGAGACCUCUGUACUUGUUGUGUCAUUGGGUUGUUGGCACAGAGCAGAGCACAAGGAGAUAACUUCUGAGCAGAAUGUUUCUGUAGAAGUGCCACGAAUAAAUCAAAGACAGACCUGUGCAUCUGGAAGUCCUAUCCCUGGGAGAGGUGCUGCCUGGCCUUAGACAGUAGUUUGUGUGUAGCUGAAGACUUGGGAACAAUUCCUGGCCAGAAACUGUGUGUGUCAGGUGAAAUUUCACCAGCACAGUGGAGGGAAACUCUUUAAAAGAGACAUGGGUAAGGCCUUUAUGAGGAGCCACAUAGUCCAUGCAUCCAAGAACUCUUUCACAUGCCAGGAGGCUGGGAAGGAUUUCCCUGGUAGCUCUAGCCUUCUCCAGCACCAGGUCACUCCACAAAAGGAUGGUGGCUGCACAGCGGUGUUUCACAAUGGUCAGCGUCUCUAUAAGUGCCAUGAAUGUAGGAAAGUCUACCCCUGGAUGUAUAGGCUUGCAGAGCGUGAGAGUCCACACAGGAGAGAGGCCUUAUGAAGACAGUCACACUGGAGAAAAAAAACACAUGCAUGCACUAAAUAUGGAGAAUUCUUCAGCCAAAGCACCCAGCUUACUGAACGCCAAACAAACAGGUCACACCACAGAAAAAGACCAUAUAUGAGUGCAGCAAAUGUAAGAAAGCUUUCAGCCAAAGGUCUAUAAACCUCAUCUGUCACCAGAGUUCCUACUGGAGAAAGGCCUUCAAAUGAGAUGAGGAGAGCAGCAAAUGAGCUGUCUCCUUAGUUAAUACAUCAUAUACUGAAUAGGCUCUGUGAGCAACUCAUCAACGGAAGUUGAAUGCCAUACAUCUGAACAGCCCUAGUGUGCAGACUGCCUGUGAGUACGAGGUUUGUAGGAAGCUUUUCAGGAGCUAUGCUGUACUUUGACUUACUGUCACGGGGUCUUUAUGUUUCAUAUUCUAAUUUUUUUUUUUUGGCCACAUCACACACCAUGGUGCCUCUACCCCAACCAGGGAUCGAACCUGUGGCCCCUGCAGUGGAAGUACAGAGAAGUCUUACCCCUGGACCACAGAAGCCCCUGGUUUCAUAUUUCAAAAUGAAUGAAUAGGGUUGUAUCCCUUUUACAUUCUAACAGUAUGGGAACCUUCCAUCUCCUGUGUUCCUCACCAGUAGUGGGUUGGUAUGGUUAGUGUUUUGAAUAUUACCUGUUUUAAAAGUGUGGAUACAUGCCUCACUGUGGUCUGAUGCAUUUCCCUAGUGAUUCAGGAUGUUGAACAUUCCUGUGUUCAUUUGCCAGGUGUAUGGUCAUCUUUGAUUAAAUGUCUUUUUAUUAGCUACUGUGGAGACAAUAAAAAGAAAUGUGUUGCAACUUGA